AAAAAUGCUGUCAGCAUUCAUUGUUGUGUUUGUUUUAUCUACUUUUCAUAUCAAAGCAUUGGAGUAUCCGGUAGUGCAAGUGGACCAAGGUGCUUUACAAGGAGUGGAGGACCAAACAACAUUGGGGAAGAAGAUUUACAAGUUUGUUGGAGUGCCUUAUGCCAAACCACCUGUGGGCAAGAACAGGUUCGAGGAGUCUAAGCCAGCUGAGAAAUGGCAAGGUAUUUACCCAGCCACUCAACACAGUUCCGUUUGUUUGCAGCAUAUGUUGAACUAUGACAGCCCAGAUUUGAUAACGGGAGAUGAAGACUGCCUGUAUUUGAACAUUUACACCCCGGCACUAUCCAACUUGUCAAAUCUUCCAGUUGUGGUUUAUUUCCACGGGGGAGCGUUUAUGUUCGGAACUGGGCACAUUUUCACUCCUCAUUUUAUCCUGGACAGAUUCGACUUUGUGUACGUAUCAGUCAACUAUCGACUCGGCCCUUUUGGGUUUUUGAGCACCGAAGAUGAAAUCGUCCCUGGGAACAAUGGGCUUAAGGAUCAAGCAUUGGCUUUGAAGUGGGUGAAUCAAAAUAUUGCUGCGUUCGGAGGUAACAAAGACGAUGUUACUCUCUCAGGGUUGUCAGCUGGUGGAGCCAGUGUGCAUCUGCAUUACCUCUCCCCUCAGACUGCAGGAUUGUUCCAGAAAGGAAUCUCCAUGAGCGGAUGUGCCUUGAAUCCUUGGGUGUUGGCUGAAAAGUCGGCAGAGAAGGCAAAACAACUUGCGUUGUCUGUUGGGUGUCCAAUUGACACUUCUGAACAAAUGGUUAACUGUUUGAAGAGAUAACCUGGACGGAAUAUACUUGAACAGUUAAAGUCCUUGUUCUGGCCUUGGGAAACACUCC